AUGUGUGACUUUCGCUCGGACCCUCACAGGCAGAAGGAGUUCGACGCCGGCGUUUUGCCGGACUUCUUGCCCGAGACCAAGCACAUCCGAGAUGACCCUUCCUGGCGGGUGGCGGAGGCGCCGGCCGACCUGAUGGACAGGCGCGUCGAGAUCACCGGCCCCGUGGACCGCAAGAUGGUGAUUAACGGCCUCAACAGCGGCGCCAGUACGUACAUGGCGGAUUUCGAAGACUCGAGUGCGCCCACAUGGGCCAACAUGGUUGAGGGUCAGUUGAACCUGCGCGACGCGGCUCGUCGGGACAUAUCGUACGUCAGCCCCGACACCGGCAAGCACUACGGACUGACGAAAGGCGCCAAGCUGGCGGUGCUCCUGGUGCGGCCGCGCGGCUGGCACCUGGACGAAGCCCACGUUACCGUAGACGGCAGGCCGCUCUCAGGCGCCCUGCUCGACUUCGGCCUGUACUUCUUCCACAACGUGUUCGCGCUCAUGAAGCGAGGAACGGGUCCGUACUUCUACGUUGCCAAGCUGGAGUCCCACCUCGAGGCCCGUCUGUGGAACGACGUCUUCGUCCUCGCUCAGAAGCUGCUCGGGGUGCCCGUGGGAACCAUCAGGGCGACCGCGCUCCUCGAGACGAUCACCGCAGCCUUCGAGAUGGAGGAAAUGCUGUACGAGCUCAGGGACCACUCGAGCGGCCUCAACUGCGGCCGCUGGGACUAUAUCUUCUCCUACAUCAAGAAGAUGCGGGCUCACGCGGACAAGGUAACCCCCGAGCGCAAGUUCCUCACCAUGGAAGCCCCGUUCAUGGAGGCCUACGUGCAGCUUCUGAUUCGCACGUGCCACAGCCGCGGGGCGUUCGCGAUGGGAGGCAUGGCGGCGCAGAUCCCGGUGAAGAACAACCCCAAGCUGGCGGCGCAGGCCCUCGAGAGCGUCAAGAAGGACAAGCUGCGCGAGGUUAAGGCGGGGCACGACGGGACGUGGGUGGCCCACCCGGCCCUGGUGACGGUGGCGAUGGAGAUCUUCAACGAACACAUGCCUCAGCCCAACCAGCUGUCGUUCGUCCCGGAGUGCUCCGUGUCAGCGCAGGACCUGCUGCGGACCCCGGGCGGGGGAGAGAUCACGCAACACGGGUUGGAGGAGAACGUGGAAGUGUGCAUCUUCUACGUCGAGAGCUGGCUGCGCGGCAACGGCUGCAUCCCGGUCAACUUCAAGAUGGAAGAUGCAGCAACUGCCGAGAUCUCUAGGGCGCAGGUCUGGCAAUGGGUCCACCACGGCGCCUCCACGUCCGACGGCAUCGAGAUUACCCCUCGCCUCGUGCAAGAUAUCGCGGAGAGGGCCACCCACAAACUUCUAAACGCCUCCGGGGGCGGCGGCGGCAAGUUUCGCCUGGCUGGCCGGCUGACAGCGAACAUGAUGACCGCGCCCGAGCUGGACGACUUCCUCACGUCCGUGGCCUACCCCCAUAUCGUCAAAAUCUCGCACGGCCGCCUCUAGGAAAGCACGAGAGAGAGAGAGAGAGAGAGAGAGAGAGAGAGAGAGAGAGAGAUCCUUCGAGCGUUACUGGCCUGGUCAAUUCCGCCGUCCGUCCGACCCCGCCGCCACUGUCGUCUUGAAUCACCACCCCCCGACCACGCAUUUUCCUCUUCUCGCUGAUCUGAUGAAUUUUGUUCUCGUACACAAGAGGGGCGACACGUUGUAUGGUGCGCAGUCACGUCGUGGGUGGGGAUGGGCACUGUGCUGAUGUCGGGGUUAUUGGUGGUGGUGUCGUUGUCGUUGUCGCUGUCGUUGGUGUACGUACAGAGGACUAACUGCUGUAGGAGGCUGUGUACCCAUGGUAGAUGCAUAUUGUAAAUCUGGGCAGAGGGAAAACAUGCUUUUCAGACAAGGAGCACCAGUUAGUCCCCUUCGGUCCAACCG